AUGUGGAUCUCUAACCUAAACAGGUUGCCCACUCGUGCAAGGUUAGUGUCAUGGGGAAUGCAAGUCUCCCCUCUCUGCUGUUUGUGCUCUUCCUAUCCAGAAACUAGAGACCACCUUCUUCUCUCCUGUGGGUUUAGCUCUGAAAUCUGGAAUCUGGUACAGACAAGACUAAGGCUGCCUAUUUUGCUGUUCCAAGACUGGGACUGUCUCCUCCUUUGGCUCAAGCUCAGCACUGCUUCUUCUCCUUCUAUCCUCCGAAAGCUAGCUGCUCAAGCCACUGUAAAUGCGUUGUGGAAACAGAGAAACAAUCUGCUGCAUAACCAUCUAGUCAUUCCUCCGACCAUCGUCUUCAAAGCCAUCGACCGAGAGAUCGUAAACACCAUCUCUGCAAGAUGUCAUCGCAAAAGCUUCCGAAAGCUAAUGCGUUUAUGGAUAUGA